AUGCCUACUCUUCCCAUUCCUACUCUCCCCAUUCCUAUUUUCGCCAGGCCUACUCUCCUGUGUUCACCCCCCAUGCUUAUUCACUCUCGCUCUGGUGCCAUCUAUCUCCUUCCGUUCGCCCCCUCGUUCCAGUCAACCCCAUCACUCUCUGCCUGGCAGCGCCACACGCAUGGUGGCAGCAGGGAUGGUCGCCGCGUUGUGACGGCACGACCUUGCGCUGCGCAGUGCACAGGGGCGUGGGAGUGCAGGGAGCUCAUUGGCAGCGUGGCGGCGGCACUGACCCCGCUGCUGAUGGACGCGUCUGGCCCGCCUGCCGACAGCCGGGACACGGAGGGGGAGAAGGCGGCGCUGCACGCGGCGGUGCCGCCGAUGCUGUCGGCAGAGGAGGACGUGGAGCAGCCGCAGCGCAUGCAGCUCUUCAUGGCGCACCUCAUGGCACACCUCUUCUGCUGCGGUACCCUCGCCCGCCCCCACUGCGACAUCCCCCCCGGGCCCCCAGAGGCCAACGACCCGUCACCCCCUUCGCGAGGGUUUGUGCCCAUAGAUCGCUCCAUGCCGCCCAUCAUGUCGGGCCGCGUGCUGCACCUGCCCGCCUCCUACCUUUUCUCCGGCGGGCGACCCUCAGAAGACGACGACUAG